UUUCCAUUAUUUCUCAACAACAUACAUAUACAAGACAAGUCCAUGCUUUUCAUCAUAACUUAGCUUCCACUCCAUUUUAGUGGCUUCUCCCUCUUUAUUUCUUAGUGCCAUCUCCCUCACAUUUAAGUAAUUACAUUGAUCUCUCUUCUUCAAUUCAUGCCAUAUAUGGCUUCUUUUCUUGUUUCUCCAAUCCACAACCACCCUACCACUACCUUCCCAUGCCUAAUUUUCCAUCCAACAACACCUAUCUUCCACAACCCACUCUCUCUUCAAAACAACAAACUCUCUUCCCCACAAUCCUUCAUCAAAUGUUCUAUCUCAAGCCUACGCCCCCGAGACCAGGAGUAUCUGCACCAAAAAUCAAGAGACGAGGACGGAGAGGAGGAGGAAGAAGAAGAACUUGAAGAAGAAAUUCUUCUCUCCCAUGAACCUCCCUUGAACCAAGUGUGGAAACAAAUCCAAGGCUCCAACGACUGGGAAGGCCUACUAGACCCCAUGAACCCACACCUAAGAAGGGAAAUUAUCCGCUGCGGCGAGCUAGCACAAGCAUGCUACGACUCCUUUGACUUUGACCCUCACUCCAAAUACUGCGGCACCUGCAAGUACCAUCCCUCACACUUCUUCGAGAAGCUUCUCAUGGAAGAAAAAGGGUACACCAUAAGCCGCUACCUCUACGCCACAUCCAACAUCAACCUUCCAAACUUCUUCCAAAAAUCUUCCAUUGCCAGCGUGUGGAGCCCACACGCCAACUGGAUGGGAUACGUGGCAGUCUCCACCGACGAGGACGAGAUCCAGCGUCUCGGACGCCGAGACAUCGUCAUCGCCUGGAGAGGCACCGUCACGUACAUCGAGUGGAUCUACGACCUCAAGGACAUUCUCACGCCCGCAAACUUCACCAACGACCCAACCAUCAAGAUCGAGUCCGGUUUCUAUGACUUGUACACCAAGAAAGAAGACGCGUGCAGCUACUGCUACUUCUCGGCGCGUGAACAAAUCUUAUCUGAGGUGAAACGUCUUGUACAGUAUUACGAAGACGAAGAACUCAGCAUAACCAUAACAGGGCAUAGUCUGGGUGCUGCUUUGGCCGUACUAAGCGCUUAUGACAUAGCGGAACUCAAACUGAACGUUAUCGAAAACGGUGAUGUAACGGCCAAGAUUCCCGUAACGGUUUUCUCGUUUGCGGGGCCCAGGGUUGGGAAUCUGAAAUUCAAAGAACGGUGCGAGGAGCUUGGGGUGAAAGUUUUGAGGGUGAUAAACGUGCAUGACAUGGUUCCAACCGUUCCAGGGAUAAUAACGAACGAGAAGUUUCAGUUUCAGAAGUACAUAGAAGACGCGUUGAGUUUUCCGUGGAGCUACGCGCAUGUUGGUGUGGAACUUGCAUUGGAUCAUAGAGAGAGUCCGUUUUUGAAGGCGACGGGUGAUUUAGGGUGCGCACAUAACUUGGAGGCGCACCUGCACCUUGUUGAUGGCUACCAUGGGAAGAAGAGGAGGUUUAGGUUGGCUUCCAAGAGGGACAUAGCGUUGGUGAAUAAGAGUUGUGAUUUCUUGAGGAGUGAGUAUGGUGUGCCGCCGCACUGGCGACAGGACGAGAACAAGGGAAUGGUCAGGAGCCGAGACGGCCGGUGGAUCCUGCCCGAGCGGCCUAGGAUGAUGGCUCAUCCACCGGACACGGCGCUUCAUCUUGAGCAUUUUUAA